CGUUUAUACGGAACUGAUCAUCAGUUUUCAGGAUAGACGUGCCUAUUUUUAUUUAAUAUGGAUAAAUUAACAUUCUUCCUAGUUAUAAUUUCUGCCAUAUUUUGCGUAACAUGGGGAGCAGAAUCUCAAAUCACUAAAGCAAUGAAAAAAUUUAAGAUUAUACCUGAAAUUGUUUCUGCAGAUAUUGACCAAACACUAAAGGUAACCUUCGACAGUGGGGCAUCUGUUAAUAAAGGAAACGAAAUUUCUCCUUUUGAAGCUAGAAAUCAACCUGCGCUUGAUUGGGAUGCUAAUGACAAUGCGUGCUACACAAUCUUAUGCAUGGAUGUUGAUGCACCUGCACCAGAUGAUCGGUCUAUUAGCAAUAUUGUAACUUGGAUGGUUGGAAAUAUUCUUGGCAAGGAUGUCGAUUCGGGAGAAGUUCUCGUUGAAUAUAUUCCUGUAUCACCACCAAGAGGGUCACAACUGCAUCGAUCGAUUUACCUUGUCUUCGAGCAUCCUAAGAAAAUUAAGUUUGACCGUAAACCUAUUGAUGCAAGUACUAUUACCGGACGUCCAUACUUUUCGUUGGAUGAUUUCUCUGAAAAAUACGGUUUUGGAGGUCCUGUAGCUGGAAACUUUUAUUUAACUCAAUUCGAUGAUCAUGUCUUGAAAGUGUACAAAAGGCUAAGCUGCUGUUUUGAAUUGAAUAAACCAGAAUAAAUGAAAUUAAUUGAAUUAUA